UCCAUGUGUCGUAAACCCUGAGACGAGGCUUAAGCUUCUCCUUCUUCUUCAAAUCUACCGAGUUCACCCGGAGGCGACACCCGAGUUGUAACUCGCUCCUUCUCAGAUCAUGCAAGCGGUGUCAAAUGCUCGCCGAGUCUCUCGGCUCUUGCAAUCUCCGAUUUUCCGUUCAUUUCAUCUUCGAAGCACCGAACAACCGUUUCUCUCGGGGCCCGCACAACGCAAUUACAGUUCUGAAGUUGAUAAUGUUGAAGAAACUCCAACAGAAGCUGUGAAGGAUCUUUAUGAUAAAAUGCUUCAGUCUGUGAAUGUUAAACGAUCCAUGCCUCCAAAUGCUUGGUUGUGGUCAAUGAUUGCGAAUUGUAAACACAGUCAGGAUAUUAGUCUUCUCUUUGAUGUUUUGCAGAACCUCCGCAGAUUCAGGUUGUCGAAUCUUCGCAUACAUGAUGACUUUAACUGCAGUCUCUGCCGGGAAGUUACUAAAGCAUGUGUUCAUGCUGGGGCACUUGAUUUUGGGAAGAAGGCUUUGUGGAAGCAUAAUGUCUAUGGAUUGGAGCCAAGUGUUGCAUCUGCACACCAUAUAUUGACAUAUGCUAAGAAUCACAAUGAUACUAAUCUAUUGGUGGAAGUAAUGAAACUUUUGAAGAGGAAUGAUUUACCAUUGCAACCAGGCACAGCAGAUAUAGUUUUCAGCAUUUGUUACAAUACAGAUGAAUGGGAGUUAAUUAAUAAGUACGCAAAGAGGUUUGUCAAGGCUGGUGUAAAACUAAGACAAACCUCAUUUGAAACAUGGAUGAGAUUUGCUGCCAAAAGAGGAGACACUGAGUCACUAUGGAAAAUAGAAAAGUUGAGAUCUGAUUCAAUGAAGCCGCACACUUUGGCAACUGGGUUUUCUUGCGCCAAGGGCCUUCUAUUGGAACGUAAACCUAGGGACGCCGUUGCCAUCAUUCAAGUUCUAAAUCAGACUUUGUCUGAGGCCAAAAAGUCAGGCAUGAAGGAUGAACUUCAGAAACUUGUAUCGGAGUGGCCUUUGGAAGUUCUUAAGCACAAAAAAGAAGAGGAAAGAAAGACUUUAGCAGCCUCUUUGAAAUCUGACAUCCUUGACAUGGUUAAUAAUUUGGACACGGGACUUGAGGCUAACAUAAGUUUGGAAGACCUAAACCGAAGAGAAAGCAUUCCACAAUAGCAUGGGUUCAAGAUUUGAUGACUCGAGGUUUUAGAAUAUGCUUGUUUGAGGAGGGUCUCUUUAUCAAGAUGCGACGGCAUAUCCUUAGUUAGCUACAAAUUAUCCGAUCAUAGCAAAUGUUGAUUACUACAUGGAAUAUGAUUAUUACUUUUUUGCUUCCAUUCUUCUCCCCAAGUGCUCAAGGUUUAUGUAGCAUAUUGGUGGCAUUUAGCAUGUUUUUUCAAGAACUGAAGUCUAGAUGUCAGUAUGUGUAAACAAAAAUAACGUGGCAUGUGCUUCUAGCCUUCUACUAUAAAGGUGCAAACAAUUCAUUUCUACAAAUACAAGUGAGGAUGCAAUCUUGUCCUUUUA